GUGUAAAGAUGAAAGAAAAGCUGCAAAGCAAAUUAAGGUUAGCACAUAUAGCACAUUGCAGAAGUUGCGUCAUAAAGGAAGUCAGAUGAAAAUAUUUCCAAAGAUUUCCAGUCAGCUCUUCCUCCCCACUUUUCUUUCUUAAAAAAUAAACUCCUGGGUGAUUCUUUUUCUCUGCUCUUCAAGCUGCCUGUCAUUCAUUAAGGGCUAAUCACAUGUGCUAAGGAGGAACUGACAUGGAAGAAAGCUGACAGAAAGCAACAUUUCUUUAAUUUAGGAAGGCAAGAAACAGACAUGACACAGCUCAAGUAUUCCUGACAAGCAAGGUUGAAUUAUCUAAUAAUGGAGAUAGUAGAUGAGUUCCUAUUUAAAUACAAAGGAAUUUAUUUUGGACGAAAGCAGACCACACCUGAAAAUAUCGAUUCAGCAGAAAGUUUUGAAAUCCAAGAUGAUGAUGUAUUUCUAAUCACCUAUCCCAAAUCUGGCACAGUGUGGGCUCAGAACAUUCUGAGCUUGAUUUUACAUGAAGGUCAUCGAGAUGGAACUGAAAAUAUUAACCUGAUGGACAGGGCACCAUGGGUAGAAUAUCAUAUUUCCCUGAGAGAUUUGACCAAUCUCCCAUCACCUCGUGUCAUUUGUUCCCAUCUGCCCUACCAUUUGGCACCCAAAGGAUUACGAAAUAAAAGAGCAAAGAUUGUUUAUGUGUUUAGAAAUCCAAAGGAUAUCUUGGUUUCUAUGUAUCAUUUUCACAAAAUUGUAGUCACAUUUGAAACUCCAAAAUCCUUUGAUACAUUCAUGGAGAAUUUUUUGGCUGGCAAAGUGACCAAUAGUUUGUGGCUAGACCAUAUAGAAGGCUGGUACACUCAUAAGGAUGAUUUCAAUAUUCUCUUCCUUUCUUAUGAAGAAAUGAAAAAGGAUCUGAGAAGUUCAGUAUUGAAAAUAUGCAACUUUCUAGGAAAAGAACUAAGUGGAAAGGAGGUGGAUGAUGUGGUAGAUAAAGCUAUAUUUGAUAACAUGAAAAUGGAUCCUAGAGCAAACUACAGAUUCUUGCCUUCUGCUCACAUGGAUUUCAGCAAAGGAGACUUUCUUCGCAAAGGCACUGUUGGGGACUGGAAGAACCUCAUGACUGUUGCCCAGAGUGAAAGGUUUGACCGUGUCUUUAAGGAGAGGAUGGAAAAGCUGCCCUUCAGGUUCUGCUGGGAUAUUCAGGAGGAUCCUGAGCCUAUUUCCAGCUUACGGGAGGAAAAUAAUAUGUGAUACACACCUUCAAAUGGCUUGAAUCAGAGAUGACCUUCCAAGAAUGGUUACAUAAAGAAUGGUCUUUAUGGAACCUUCUAAUGUUUAAUUUUCAACUCUUUAAAGAUCACAGAAGACAGCAACACUGAAUUGUGUGCUAUUGUUAAUUAUAAGAGAACCUACAGAAAACUGUUAAUAAAUGUCUCUCUGAAA